CUUCAAUAAAGAUAUUAUUGACUGCAUGACACAUUAUUACUAGCCUUGUCACACACACAUAUGAAAUCCCUUGGAAAAAUGAUUUGCACUGGCGCAUGGUCACAAGGCAAAAUCUGCCCAAGCAUCCUAAAGCAGAGUAGCAACAGAGAAGCCCAUUGGCCGAGAGAUUGCAGCAGCUGAAAUAGCUAUGUAAACACUUUCCCUCUCUCCGUGAGCCCCAGUAAUUAUAGCCAGGAUGCUGGUGACGACAGUUGUCCCAUCGAGACUUCAAAUGGGAGAAUAAAUUUGACAUUAUGAUAUUUGAUACCGGCUCCAAUGGCGCGCCCACGUAAACAGUAGGGAGCGAUAUAAAGGCUGGGUACCCCGGCUGGAACAGAAGUUGUUUACCCUUUAGCUCAACGAUCAGGACUUAACGCCGACAACGAGGCGUGACUAGAAGAACCGGGGCCCUUCAAAUCCAGUCUGCGAGGUUAUACAUAACACACCAGAGGAAAAAGCGAGGGGGAAGCACCGGAGACAGGGGACUUGACGAUUAGGCGCCGAGGGUAGUGAAUCUGUUGGAGACGCCGGAGCGCGCAGCGCGCAGGAGCUAGAGCAGGCUGAGGAUUUAUACUGGAGCAGUGAAAACUUUUAUUUUGAGCAAGGUUUUUGUCUCUAAAUGUAUCUCUCUCCCAUGCGCACAAGCCAUGCAGCCAGUUUACUAUGCAUAGUUACAAGAUUAUUAAUAUAUCUACUGUUGCAUCACAAGUGGGAGGGAAGUGGCUGGUACAUUCGGGCACCUUCGACCAGGAUACUUGUCAUAUUUUAAUGAUGGCAACAACGUCAACAAAGCCAGGGGCUACAAUAAUAGUUAGGCUAUUAGUGCUCCCUUUGGGAUACAACAUGGUGUGACAUUAAUGAAUAUUAACUCAGCCACAUUCACAAGGUUUGGGAAAUCAUCUGAGGUGCAACCUUAAAUGCCUCUGAGAUAUGACACAGCACAGAGGACAUUUAGAUGUUGAACCAUUCUUUUAAGUUUUUCUUCCCCAUGUGGCGAGGCAUACAGAGGCAGGAUGAAGAUUAAAGUGACCGAGAGCUGUUAUGCAACACUUUUGUCCACACGUGCUGCAUUGGUAGGCUUACAUGCCUUUUAAGAAUUUGGAAGAAUGUGAAAGGAGAGGGUCGUAAAAAUCUGACCUUUGUGAGGUGACCAACGAUGUAAGUCAUUUAAACAAUAGAGAUAAAGUAAAAAACCUCAAAUUCAAUGGAAUGAAUAGGUUCCACUUGCUGCAAGUCAUUGCCACUGAUCUAUAGUAUGUUUUAUUCUGCCUUGUUUGAAGACGUUGAAACACAACAUUUAGGGCUAAAUUACAUAAAAAGACUAUUUUCAUAAUAAGCAUAAAUCAGGAUUUGCUUUGUAUAUAUUUUUUAAGUAUGCAAACUUUUUUCCCCCCAUGUCUUUGUCUCUAUAGUGUUUCCAAGCCAUCGAUCCUUCCAAUCCUACGUGACCUCUGACAGGAAAGUGAAACUGGAGAAAGGGGAAAUUGGCAUUUAAAGAGGCCUCUGGGUAUUGAGCGGCCUGCGUCAUGGCAGCCAUUGAUCUGGAGCGUGGGCUGGAACACAGAGGCCGGGGCUGGGGACAGGAGAGGCCGGAGCUGAUGGACAACUUCGACUCAGAGAUGCAGGAGUGGGAGGACCAGCUGCAGGACAUCCAGAAGAAAAUCGAAGAGUUGUACAAUGAAGUCCAGGCUCGCAGAGGAGCAAACGAUAUCACUACUGACAACCAGAAAAAUGGCAGCGAGUUGGAGUGCGGCCUAGGUCACCAUGGCAAUGGUCUUUUUGGCGAUGGCAAAGGCCAUCACAGCCAUCACAGCAAGAAUCACCCCGCAGCGAUAACUGUGCCACAUCACUAUAGUAACGGCUGUAACUAUAGCCCCAGUGGGUACAGCUACCCCGUGAGUCAUCAAAAUGGCUACGGUUACUGCCACACCAACUCAGAGAUUGGCGACUUGUUGCAGGAUUACUUGGAGCAAGGGAAGCAAAUGAGCCAGAAGAACAAUGGAGCUCGCCACGUGCGCUUCAGUGACACAAUCAAGGUGAACCCGGAAACGGAGAUCAGAAAAAGUUCUGGAAGAGAAAGGCUUGGUCAAGAGCAGUGUUUGGGCAGUUUUGAGGAGACUGAAAACAGGAAGAACCAAGUGUCUCACAUGAAGAGCUCCCCCCGCAGAGAGAGUUCCCCCAACAAAGAAAACACAGGCGCAAAGCCCCCUCUUGGACAAAGGGAUGCUCCUGCUGUACAACCGCGCUCACAGCUCCCAAUCGCAACAGCUGGUUCGCCUGUUCCGGACAGGAAGUCAUUCAGUCCUGGCGUCCUGGGAGAUAGGAAGUGCGGGAGCCCUUCUGUUCUCAGGAAGUUUGGCGCCAUGCUUCAGGAAAACGAGGGCAAAAUGCUCACCGAAUCCGGGGUGGUAACCCAUCAGGGGCCGGAGCCAAAGUGCCCCACCCCUGGCUGUCAGCGGCGAGCUCUGGGAGCCACUGCAGUCGCCGGCAGGGCGCCCAUGCGCGUGCCUACUCAGAAAUGCCAAGCAGAUUUUGACGUGCUGACAGCAGAGAUAGAGCCCGGCCAAGAAUGGGGGUUAGUAUCAGACUCUGGUAGACAGAACCACAAGGAUCACAGAGGAGCUUACAAAGGGUCCCAGCGGGUACCUCAGCAGUCCCAGAGGAGAUCACAGGUGGCGGGGAGCCCAAAGAUGAGACCCAGAGCUAACAGCGCGGCAGACAGAGAUGGAGGACUGGCUCAAGGGGAGAGAGCAAGACGGCCUGCACCUCAACAUGCAGAGCCCAAAAUGGACUACAUGGUCUCAAGUGCUUCCUCUGGAGCUCAGAAGAUCCAUAGGGGUGGGUUUGUGGGACAGGAGUUGCCAGGUUGUGGCAGAGUGAGGGAUGAAGGACUUAUCGAGCUGCUGGACAUGCUGGAGAUCCAACACGAGUACAGCUCCAGUCCCAGAGUGGGACACACAGCUUACAGACAGGAUCCACAGCAAGUAAACCCAGCCCAGUCGUCCCCUGCCAAUCUUAACAACAGCUUCUCUCGUCCUGCGCGGCCAGCCAACCAGCGACCUCCAUCCAGGUGGGCCGGCCGCACCCCUACUGCCAUCAUCACCAGCCCAUCAGGCCCAAUGUACCGUCCCCCAAGCCCGCUGGCUCGCACCCCUAGCCCCAUGACCAGAACCCCAAGUCCCGCCCUGAAGCACCGGCCUCUCGUUUCCUAUUCUCUUCAGACUGAGACGGUCAUUAUGUGACACCUUUCCAUUUCAAUCAAGCUUGAUCCCUUCCUGCAGGAAAUCCCUCUCUCUCUGUGUAAAUAGUAAGGACUUCUCUGUGAAACAAAGUGCUUUAAGAGAGUUAAAGAAACGCUUAAUUUCAUCUUGAUACCAUGUUCGAGAUAAAAAACACAGCAUUCUCCAGUGUUGCUGUGGCUUUUUGCUUCUUCUGUGCUGAAACACAUCAACAUAUUGCUUAGUUGCAGUCCCCCUCCCCCCCCCCCCCCCCCCCAUCCUAUUUUUUGUAUUGAAUUUCAGGUGUUUUCUGUAUAAUGAGAUUUUGCAUGCAGCCCUAGUUUAAAGGGUGCAUGCUCAUGUGUUUAAUCCUCAUGGUGGCCAGGCUGAAUCAAAUUCAACCUGGCCACCAGCAGGAGUCCCAGCUGUGCUCCCAGCAGCAAUCUGCUUAUUCUCAACAGUGUGUUUUACUGUAUCAUAUUGUUAAAGUAAUAUAUUUAAGAUGUUCAAAUAACAGCUGUGACAAAUGACUAUGAUAUGCCUUUAAUGUAUUUUUUUUUUCUUGGUAAUAAAUAUG